AUGGUUCUCAAGCGCAAGCGUUCUUCCGAGGAGCUCUCCAGCUCGCCGUCGUCGUUCUCCUCCUCGCCCAUACUCCCUGGUACGAUGGACAUGGACCACAUCUCUCCGGCGCCCUUUGCUGCGUUCUCCUCCCACUUCACGCCAUCACACCUGCCUAGCCGCACCAUGAAGCGUUUCCGCGACAACAGACCCUCGCAGGAUGCAGUCCAUCAACACACACUCAGCAUGCUCUACUCCGCUCAGCAACAUUCCGACGCAGACUUUGCCCCAACCAGUCCCUCCCCGAUGCCUCGCAUUCUCGAGCGACCAGCACAGCCGGCGCCAACAGCGCAGCGGUCUCUACAUGCAUUCUGGAACAUCAACUCUGCUCCGGCCGCACCGUCAUUCACACCAUCCGCGUCCCAAACCUGCCAUGAGACUUUGAGCUGCGAAGACUGUGGUGUCGGGUUCGGCUCCCGGGAUGGGACUGACUCGAUGGACAUUAAUGGCUACGGCUUUGAUAGCGAGGACGACCACCUGUGCGGUGCCUCCGGUCGACCGCAAAGAAGUUCUGGAGCAAUACGAGCACGCGAGAUGGCUCUCGAAGCUGUCGGCCUCGGCCUCGGGGCAACUCAGUUUGCGGCUGAGCUCGCCGUGACCAUCGUCAAGUUGAAGCGGCUCUGGGACGAAGUCCAGGAUGUCCCCGACCACAUCCAGUCCAUCCUCGAGGAGCUGGAGGACGUGGACCUGAUUCUCCAGGAUGUCGAGGAGCAGAUCAACCGUGACGAGAUUCCGGACGAGCUCAAGUCGACCAUUCUCCCUCGCGUCUUGCGAUCGACACAGAGGGCGUAUAGAGCGUUGGAAGAACUUGUCGAAAGUCUUGACAGGCAGAUUGUGUCUUCCAGGGGAUUCCGACGGAGGCUUGUUUCGGUGAGGAUCGUAAUUAAGAAGCCGGUAUUGGAAAAGAUGGAGAGCCAGCUGCGGAGAGCUUUGGACAUUCUGAACAUGGCUAUCAACAGCUACACAAUGGCAUAUACACGCAUUUCGAGCCAGGUCAUUAUAAACCGACUGCCUUUGCCGGCACCACCACAGUCCGGGCCCGCAAGACAUGGCCAGGUUAUAACUACCAUCGAGCCCGUGCCUCAAGAAGUCGACAUUGCAAAGAAGACAACCCCGGAAGAGGUCGCACGACUCCAGGCUGCCUUUGUUGACGCGAGACCGAGAUGGUUUCACACUACUGGACCUUUCUUCGUGGUCUGGUAG